AGUGUUCUUCGGGCCGAUUGAUUUGUCGAUUCUUGUUUCGAUGUAUUAUUAUAAUAUUUUUUACUCGAUAUUUUAGAAUGAAAAUAAAAUAACGAUCGAUUAAAUUGUAAAGGCUUAUUGUUAAAGUUUUUACAAAAACUUAAAAUGGGCGUGUGAAUUUAUCAAAGGCACCGGUUGCGAAAAUGUCUGUCCCUGAAGAUCAGGACGAUUUCAUAUUUCGUCCUCAGCUGCAUUUAGAUGCAAAAUGGUUAAAUCCUGAUUUACAAGAAGCGCUUCAUAAUCCUGAUGGUUUGUGCACUCUAUUCAACAGUCUUUUGCAAGACCGAGAAAUAUAUUUCGAGGCCGGAAACGGGCUCGUAAACGGUGCUGGUGUUACUUCUAAACUUGGUGACAGUGGAAAAUAUUACUGUGGUCUGAGGAUUCUCACUUGCACCUGUUGCGAUGGUCUGUGUGGCCCACACUCUGGGUGUGCCUGCCCACCAUGCAGUACUCUGUCAGCUGAGGAGGAGCUCAGAAUCUCUAUACAGUCUAAGCAAGUGGCACCACCUCCAUCCCAUCAGAUAGUUGAUGAUCUAAAGUGGAAACAAGACCCAGGUCCAGAAUGCCUGCAAAGUUUAAUGGAGGCUUUGGUCUGGGAACAGCGAGUGAGAGCAAUCAACACGGCUGUUAGUUGUCCAUUCAUAUCUCAGAUCCGUCGACUCAUUGUGUUGUGCAAUAGACAUCUUGUAGCUGUUAUUAGAGAUCAAAGUCAGAACAAAGAAGUGAAAAGAGUGAGGAUAGAAAGGAAGCCACCUCAUACAGUCAGUAACAGGGCAUUGAGCAAUGUGGUUGGUACUCUGAACAAACCUGGAGAGGGAACUGACACCCAGGAUGACACUGAGGAGCAGACUGAUGACUCAGAGAGUGCCAUCGGUCUCGCUCGCGUCGGCGCCCGCGCAGCCCUGCGCUUGGCACUAUCCCUCGUCCGUCGCGCGUGGCGUUGUGGUGAAGAUGCAGAUGUAUGCUCUGCGUUACUUCGGGAUGCUCUUGAUGCAGUUCGAGCCCUGCCAGAUGCGGGAUUGUUCGCUGGUACGGGGCCGACAACAGCCCCAAGAUCACAAAAGAUAUGGGCUGAAGUAGUUGACAGUGCUGCUAAAUUCCUUCAUCAAGUUGUAAUUGGAGAAGUAGGAUGCAACGUGCCACAAGGCGACUGGCGGACCUCCCUGUGUGUGUGGGUAGAGCUGUGUGCAAGGAGAGCCGAACUACCCGCUCUGUUGAAGGCUGCCGACGUUCUAGUCACAUUACCUCCUAAGCAGAAACGACAGCCCGACAAUAGGAUUGUUCUAGAAGAAUGUACAGCACCAUUAGGACCGUUUUUAAGACGAAUGGCGAAAGUUACAGCUCCAACACCCAUUCUCAACAGUGAACCAACUACUGAACCCAAUCUUACGGAAAUGUUUCUCAAGGAACUAAAUAUUCCAAGUGGUGAUGGGUUGAUGGGAGUGAGGAAAGCUGGUAUUGCCUUAUUAUGUCACCUGGAUAGACUAGGAGCUCCCCUUCUUCCGCCUUUGAAGGGAUUUGUGACUUGCACAGAAUCAGCCCAAGAAGUAGUAUCAGUUGGUUCAGGGUCCAUAAAUCUGGGUACAUUACGGAUACAGCAAAUAUCGUGUGCUGAGAAACUAGCCUUAUUGCUGACUCAAGAUGGCGUUGUUUAUACACUGCCUUACGAUACUAUGACACCGCAAUUAGUUCCAGGUCUUGAAAGUAAGACAAUAACGCAAGUAUCAUGUCACCCCGCCGGCCGGCAUUACUUGUGUUGCUCGUCUUGUGGCGGCGCGUGGUCCUGGGGGGCUGGCGAUGACGGCAGGCUGGGACAUGGGGACACAGCGCCCAGAGACGCGCCCGCCCAUCUACAUCAUUUAGCUCACCAUGAGGUCGUUAGAGUCGCUGCUGGGGCUGCUUGCAGUGCGGUAAUAACGUCUCGAGGCGCGUUAUACACCUGGGGACGAGGUGCACAAGGUCGACUCGGUCACGGCACCAUCGAGAACUGUCUCACUCCUCAACCUGUCUCCUUCAACGCUCAUAACAUUGAACGGGUUAUUGAUGUCGCGUUAGGUUGGGGUGAAGCUCAUACGUUAUGCUGUACAUGGGAAGGUGCCGUGCAAGUAUUCGGUGACACGGAGGCUGGAGUCCCUCGUGCCCUGACAUCACUGUCUGUCUUGAGGAUUACUCGCGUUUACACCGGAGAACAUUGGCAUGCUGCACUUACUGAUGCCGGUCAAGUAUACACCUGGGGUAAAGGUGAUAACUAUCGUUUGGGACACGGUAACCUUGAAAGUGUGAAGAUUCCAAAGUUGUUAGAUGGUCUACAAGGUAUAAGAGUAGUGGAUCUGUCUCUGGGAGCGACGCACGGCAUCGCUUUGACGGCAGAUGGCGCUUUGUACGCUUGGGGCACGCACGAACGCGCGCAAAUUACAAGACCUGUGCCGCAACUGUUGCAAGUACUCAACCCGUCUUUUAAGGCUAAUGGUGUCACUAGUGGAGCAUCACAGAUAAUAGUUUGGAGCGAAGAAAGUCCAAGAGAUCUACCGUCUUCUAUGCCAUUCGUUAUAGAUUUGUCUGAUAGCACUUUCAAACUUCUAGAAAGACUAUUGAGGAUAGUUGUAGAACAAAGCAGCUCAGCAACUAUAAAAGAGGUCGAAUGUAUGGCUAUAUCGUGUCUCAAUCUCCUGCGGUUACAAGUGCAAGCAUGGCAAUGUUCCCGUGGCUCAGAACCAGAAGAGGUAGAGGGCGAAGCUCGUUCGUGGUGUAAUGGCGUGCAUACCGCGCUGGUUGCGUUAGUCGAGGGUCGCGCGGGCGCCGGGGCCGCUACUGCAGCCAGGCGCGCGCUGGCCGCCGCCUGGCCCAUACUCCUGCCUACCCCACAUGUACGGGCACACCAUCUUAUCACGCUGUUGCCUCAAGGUUCAGUGCCAGCCAGCGCAGGCGCACGUUUCAUGACUGAGCUACUAGUUUGGUCGUUGCUCGGCGGCGGAGGGUUACGGGACGCGCUACGUAAUGCGUUGCAGGAUCAAUCCUCAGACGCGUACAAUCACUUGCAGCUUGACGCGGAUUAUGAUCAAGUUGAUAUAGUGACCGGACAACGUGGCCCGCCCCUUGCAGCGACAGGGGACGACAGUGACACAACAAUAACAGCAGGUUGUGCUGAAGAAUACCAGAUGAAUAAUGCAGCAGCAAGCGACAAAGGAGCUUCUGUGCCUUUAAUGCAUUUGGUAAAGCAUUUGAUCCGCAACACAUCCUGCCAGACGCAGAUGCAUAUAAACGCAAUAAUGCACGGCGAUACCAGUAAGGCGGACGAUCCUAAAGGACAUGAUACUGUCAGCCCUAGUUGUGAUCUACUCAUACGGUUUCAAAGGUUAUUAUUCUGUGAAGCAAUGUGGUCGCGUGGAGGGCGCAGUACCCGCGGCGGGGUGCGUGCUCUCAUCACUCAGUACAUUGAACUACUGGCAGAACAUGUGCAGUCCACUCUGCGGUACUUCGCCCGAGCUGUGCAUAGAGCUGAUAAUACACAACUUGGGUCGCUGUGUGAACUUAUUACUGCCGAUAUUGUUGGUCGUGUAGUCAGUGAGCUGGGUGCUUGGAUAUGCGCAUGCGCAGCUCGUUCCCCGUGUGCCCUAGCGGACUCUGCGAGCUCUCUAGUAAAGAUAGCGCGCGCUUGCGAUGACGCAGCUAAGGCUCUGCCAUCAGCUGCCAAAUUAGAUGCAGACCUUCUCGGAUGGCCAGGGCUCGUAUCCAAGAAACAGCAAUCGAAGAACAAGAUUAUUCGCAAAUGUGACCUCCAAAAUCAUACAAGAGAAGGAGGUUCAUGGGUCGUAAUAGCUGGUCACGUGUUCGACGUAGAAAACUUCGAGUGCGACAAUGCAAGUACAGUGGAAAUGAUCCGCAAGCUCCGCGGGUCGGAUGCCACGGCCGCUAUGAGCGUGGAUCCACACGCCGCGUACCUCUCGCGGGUCACCGAGAAAUGUGUCGGAUUGUACUCCGAUCAGAUGUACGCACAUAAGUGUCAGGAAAGCACAGCAAGCUUGAAGUGUCACCACAUUCUCUCGACUUGCGCAUUCAACGUGGCAGUCGGGCUGACACAGUGCGGGUCGCGCCUGGCUCGGUCGCUGCCCGUCCAACAAGCUGAACGUGACGCCGCGCCCUAUGCCGCCGCUGUCUUCCUAAGAGGGGGACUACAGGUCCCUCAACUAACAAAUCCAUUUGACGAGGAGAAGGCAGAGGCCCGCAGUGGUUCCUCUACUGGAGGUAACAGUCCUGCCGGCGACGCUCCAAUACCAACGCGGACGUCACGACCCCCUCGCCCUCCGCCUCGGGCCAACGUUGCUCAAUCACCAGCUAGAGCUGAAGCAUUGUUAUUCGCAUUGGCUGAACCUAAACUACAUGAUCCACUAGCUUUGCACUUAUGGUGGGCAUGUGAAAGACGCGAAGGUUGUGCUCCUCACUUUCCACCGGAGCAUCCUUUGGAAGAACUCCGUCGAGCGCUGCUUGCGGCUUUAUUAUACCACGCGGGGUUAAAGGAACAUGCGCUAGCCACUGCUAUGGCAGAAAUGGAAAAAGGCGAAGUGAAACUAUCGCCUGCUAUGUCAGAAAUCGUGAAGGCUGUUCAGCAAAGCAAAUGGACUCUUAUGAGGACCAGGCAGCAGCUUUCUAGAGGUUAUAAGGAGGUUUGCGCAGCGCCCCUAGAAAGAGCUCGGUUCCUUCUCCACGAAGUCCGUGCUGCUAUGUCUCCUGCAGUGUCAGCGUUAUAUUCUCGACCACCAUCACAUAGGCCUCCUACUGCCAAGAAAAUAUUCCAAAAAGUUAUGCGAGCAUCUAAGACGCCUGGGUUUAACAAAUGUUUCGAAACUACCAAAGAUCUCAGAAACAGACAGAAUAGUCUUAGUAAGAGCAUGUUCAAGGCCACCAGUAGUCUUCUACAAGGCGAUGCACUUCUGAUAAAGUCAUCUAUUGCUCAAGCUUCGAAAACUCCCGAAGACGCUCCCUGCAUAAUAGUUGAACCUUCCAGAGUACACAACGAGCCUCCCACCGCCCCUACAAAAGACACUUUACUUAGAUCUAAAGUAACCUUGAAAGUAAAAGAUAAGCCGUUAGAAAAAGAUUUAAAGAACGCAUCAAAUAAUGAUGAUAUGAAAAACGAUAGUCGCGUCGACCGAGACAAGGAUAGAGGCGACAAAGACGACUGUCCCGACAAAGAACACGACGACAAAACCCCUACGAACGAAAUAUCGAUUAGCUCAAUCAACGAUAUGACCGAUAACUCGAUUCUUAAAGAAUCGAUGGAAAGCGAGAAGCAAGUUAUGAUACUAGCUGAAGAUUUGAAGACUGAUUUGAUUAUGGCCGACGAAGAAAAGGAUGAUGAUAAUUCUGAAAGAAAUAAGUUUGUUAAUGCGUGGGUUUCGAGGCUCGCGUGUGAAGAGAAAGAUCUGUAUUGGCUGUUAGAAGAAGUUACUCAAGAGCAGCAAGCUUUGACAGUUGCCAUCAUUGACUUCGUCAUGACUGAAGACCCCUGUGAUAUAGACAUACUUAGGAGAGCUUUGUAUUGUCAGGUGCAAAGAGCGGAAAUGAGAAAGAAUGGUUACAGUAUGAUUAAUAGUAUGCUGAACUCGUCACAAACGAUGUCUGACAGCAUCAAGUACGCGGCUCUCGCCGGUAUAUUAGGCGCUAAUAUAGCGGAGUCCGUACCAUACGUGGCCUUAAAACCAAGCAUACCAUUAACACAUCCUUUAUUAGGCAUAGAAUCUGUGAUACCUUACUCAAAGUACAUGGUGUUGUUAGAACGGUCUAAGUUGAUGGAUUUCAUUCUGAUCGAGUUGAAAGCGAGAGUGUUAGAAGGAGAACAGACGCAGGCGCUACCGUUGAAAAUGAGCGCUAAUUAUGGUGCGCACGCGUUGCUUAAUCGACCGUCUCGAGCUAGAUUCCUUAUAACUUUGCUAUCACUUCUCAUAGAAGGAUGUCAGGGUCCUGAAUUAGAACAGUUAAUAAAUGGCGGAGCGCUAAGCUCAUGCUUAACCUUACUAAAACAAAUCGGAGGUGAUACGUCACAACUGACGUCACUCAUUUGCAAUGGGCUGAAGACGAAAUCGGAUUGCCUAAUAAUAUUCGAGGAUGAAAGACUAGGCGCCCGCGCACGUGGUGCGUCGCUGUCUGGCCCUGAACUAGCUUCUUUGAUGAAGAUUGGUACUCGCGUAGUGCGUGGCAAGGAUUGGAAGUGGGGUGAUCAGGAUGGCGUACCCGGUGGUGAAGGUAGAGUUAUAGGAGAGUUAGGAGAAGAUGGGUGGGUACGAGUGGCAUGGGACGCAGGUGGUACAAACUCUUAUCGAAUGGGCAAAGAGGGGAAAUACGAUCUCAAAUUAGCCCGAUCUCCAUCACCUCCUCCUUCUGUAGAUGAAACUGUGCAUGGAAAUGCGGUAACAGACAAUAAUGUAGAAUGGUGGCCAGUUAGCGAAGUCCGUGCAGCUUGUACUGGAGCUAUUCGAGCUCUGUGCGCCGGUGCAGGCGGUGCACUCGCCAGUGUUGGUACCGUGGCUAGAAGAAAUGUUGCUGCGUUACAAAGAAGACUUUUGACCUUAGCGCAUGCGCACUCUACACCUCCGCCCACCGCGUUUGCUACGCAUUAUCAUACUGCGUUAGCGUUGUUGCGAGCAAGUGCACAAAGCCUAGAGAUGCGCAUAUCUUUAUGCACGGAUUCGUGGUUCGAACUCUGCUACAGUAUUAUCUCGGCUGCUGACAAGCCAAUCACACAGGAUCUCAUUUAUUUACAAAUUCAGGCACUAUGGCUUCUUCGCCGCGUUCUAAUAGAGCACACAGGCCCGCCUGAGUGGCGGCGUACGGUCGGCGCUCAAUUGUUAGCGCUGAUUGGACGAUUGUGGCUCGAGACCCAUUCGUGGGACCCCGCCUUCAAACCCAACCACCAAGCUUUGACCAAUAACACUGAUGAAGAGGAAGUUGAUAAUAGAUGGCGCGCCCCAGCGACUGCGAGCUACACAGGAGCUACGUGCGCAGCCCUCGUACAGUUGGUCAGACAACUGCAUUCAGCGGCGCAGUGGCACAACCCUAUUACUACUUUACUGUUGGACAAAUUGCAGUUAGCUGCACAGACGAUUACAACCGACUGGCAUUGGUGGCCUCACACAAGUCAAGAUUUGACACAAACAAUGAAACCUGCACCUCCAAGCCUUGAGAGUUGUCUCAUUGCUGGUGCACUGGGAGUUGUUGGCGGCGUAGAAUGGCGUAUAAGAUUAGGACAGCGAGUAACUGCUGGGUCACCGCCUCGGAGUGCUAUUGUAACUCAACUAUCGCCCAGAGCGAAGAUUACUCUAAUACACGAAGACAAUACUACUACAAAGACUGAACUUAGUGGUAUUCAGAGCGCGGAAAGUGACCGGCUCUCCCUACCGCUGGGUGGAGGGGAGAGCGCAUUACGUGUUUGCGCUGCAUUGCUCGGAGCUGGACCUCAGGCGUCGCCCAUGCAUCCACAUCAUUUGCCUGCUGAAAUCGACAUCUACGGCCUAAGGAAGCAACAGAUGGAAUUGCUAACACUAUGCGCCGUACGUGGACUUCUCACCACAAGGACUAGACUACGGAAGGUUCUGAUGCAGCCACCAGACCAUGCGGGUAACGUAGACAGAGGAAUAGUACUAGGUACUGAAGGAACUCUCCUCAGACGCCUACUGGCGCUAGCGACUCGGCCGAGUCCACUGGCCGCGUCCCACUCUCCGCGCGAACUUGAAUCUGCGGCACUCACUAUUGUACAACAGUUGGCUGCGCAUGUCAAUGGAGAUGAUAAAGAUCAUGACGCGCCACCCGAAAUGCCGAUCAUAGAUAAAAGCAACGUAAUGCAGUUAUCGAUGGGACCAUCUACCAGUACAGCAUCAUUAUCUCGGAAAGAUCUCAACACAUGGGCGAACUCAUCACAAGUGCAACAAGUUAUAGAAAUGGGGUUUUCUAGACAUGCUGUAUAUGCCGCUAUUCAAGCCUUAGGUGGUACUAGUCUACCUUCAGUCGAGUCUCUAGUCGUAUAUCUAUUAGAACUACCUCAACAUGGUAUGGACGAUUCGGUGUUCGAAAUGCGACCUCUUAACAAGCCGGAGAAGAAACAAACUCCGUACAGGUGGCGCAGUUGUUUUGCUUCCGAAGAAGAGUACGCUCAAUACUUGUCUGAUGUCAUAACUCCUGGGAUGACUGUACGAUGCUGUAAGGCCGUUGAGCCGGUUGCUUUAGGAGAUGUCGGACAAGUGCAAAAAGUCGAACGUGAUAUUAAACAAAACGUCUUCUUACACGUGGAGUGGCGCGGUUUAGGCCGUGUGUUUGGUGUACGCGCAUUGCACGCUGAAGUGGUAUCGGGAACGCCCCCCUUCGCGGUGGGAGAUAGAGUGCGCGUUCGCGCUGCCGUCACUCAGCCGCGGUACAAAUGGGGGUGCAUCGACCAUACCAGCGUUGGGACUGUUACUUCAAUCUCAAGUAACGGUCGCGAUCUAACCGUAGACUUCCCUCAACAACCUGGCUGGACAGGACUAGUUAGUGAAAUGGAGCUUGUUACUGAUCAAUCGGAGUGGGGCGAGAGUGCGGGUGGGACGGCGGUAGGCUGGCGCGGCGCAGUGCGGGCGGUGCGCGUGUCCUCGUGCCGCCCCGGCGCAGGCGCACGCCGACUACUCGACUCGCAACCACAUACGUAUUGGCAGAGUUCCAGCGGGAACGGACAGCACUGGAUCCGUGUGGAGAUGCGUAAUGGAGUGCGCGUGCGCCGGCUAGGGCUGGGAGUGGGCGGCGGGGCGCACGGGCCGGCCGCGCUGGCAGUACGCGCGGGCGCUACCUUCGACGACGCUGCGCUUGCGCCGCUGGCCGCCGUACCUUGCACGCCCUCUGCCCCUACAAGGGACAGACCCCCCGCUCAUUUAGCUCAAAUACAGUUGCUGGCUGAUUGUAAACAGUAUUACGCUUGCAUUGAGAUCGGUAUAAAACAAAAUCGGAACGUGAACGCCGAUUGCCGUGUUCAUGGUUUAUACAUAACGGGCUUCAGACCAAAUCCGCUGUAUACCGAAGUGUUGCAGAGUAUGAACUUUGUAGCUGAAGAUUGGAUGGAGAAAGAUACUCAAACGGGUUCUGUGUCAGCUGAUAAUAAUCCACCCGCGUUACCAAGUGAUUCGCCAAAAGUAUACGUUUGGGGUUUAAACGAUAAAGAUCAACUUGGUGGUGUGAAAGGAUCUAAAGUUAAAAUUCCCGUCUUCUCGCCCAGUCUCAGCGCUUACCGACCAGUUCAUAUCGCUGGUGGAUCGAAGACACUGUUCAUUGUUUCCCAUGAUGGAAAGCUGUUUGCAUGUGGCGAAGGUACAAACGGUAGACUGGGACUGGGUCACAGUAACAACGUGUCCAGUCCGCGCGCCAACCCGUACCUCGCGCACGUACUCGUACGCCGCGUCGCCGUACAUUCAGGCGGGAAACACGCGCUCGCACUUACUGCUGAUGGCAAGGUCUAUUCUUGGGGUGAAGGCGAAGAUGGAAAACUGGGUCAUGGUAACCGCAUCACUCUAGAAGUCCCGCGCCUUAUAGAGACGUUGUCUGGAGAGAGGGUCGUGGGCAUUGCGUGUGGGUCGGCGCACAGUGCGUGCGUGACUGCCCGGGGACAUCUUUACACGUGGGGCAUGGGCGAAUACGGCAGGCUUGGACAUGGAGACGAUAUGACACAACUUUACCCAAAAAUGGUGGAAGCUCUAGCUAACUUCAGAGUAGUACAAGUCGCGUGUGGAUCCCGCGAUGCGCAAACAUUGGCUCUCACUGCUUGCGGCAAAGUAUUCUCUUGGGGAGACGGUGAUUUUGGCAAAUUGGGCCGAGGGGGCUCCGAUGGUUGUGCAGUGCCAAUGAACAUUGAAAGACUAAACACUCUUGGAGUUAUUCAAGUAGAAUGUGGUGCUCAAUUUAGCUUAGCUUUGACUAGAGAUGGAGAGGUCUGGACAUGGGGUAAAGGCGACUAUUUCCGUCUGGGCCACGGAUGUGACGCACACGUUCGUCGUCCGACCCUAGUGGAAGCGCUGCGCGGGCGCCGAGUCAUACACGUAGCUGUUGGAGCAUUGCAUUGUCUUGCUGUUACUAGUGAACAUCAGGUAUGGGCAUGGGGUGACAAUGACCAUGGUCAACAAGGGAAUGGUACAACCUGUGUUAACCGUCGGCCGGCUCUCGUCGCCGGCGUGGAAGGGGUACAGCGGGCCGCCGCCGGCUCCUCUCACUCAGCCGCCUGGUCGCUAAGACCCUCUGCAUUGCAACACGAUACUCACACUGCUCAUGUAGCUCCACUACCUUUUCCAACGUUAAAGGAUCCUUUGGGAGCACAGAGUUUAGGAUUAUAUUCAGAAGAAGCAGUUGUAGAUGAGCCUCAAGGUUCACGAGCGUCUCUAGCUGCUGCAGCCUUGGCUUUGGAGCCGCCUGUAGCCGUACAACAUGCACUGUCUUUAAUUCUACUUGCUUUACAUAUAACUCAGGCGCGCAGUUUACUAGUGGAGGCUCUUCGUGCUCACGAGGCUUGUUCGACGGUGGCGCCCGUAGUGGCUUCAAUAGACACGGAGGACGAAGAUGCUGAGGGUGACGCUCGAACUGGUGGCGGAGAAGCCCCUGCUGAUAGGGCUACUUUACCUAGUGGAGCAAGUAGCCCACUGAGCGGUUCGAUAUCGUCUCGUCACUCUGCAGUGAUGUCAUCAAGCGCUGUUUCUGUAGCGGCGGCCACGAUGACUGUACAACAAGCUGAGGCUCCUAAGUUGGUGCUAGAUGAAUUCACAUCACAACUUGGAGAGUCAGACGCAAGGGCUCUCGUUGAUUUAUUGAAGUUGGCGGCAGCUGGAAGGAUUCCCGACUCAAAUAAUGCAGUGAAGAUCAUUACUGAUGUUCUUAUGGCUUUGUGCGCCAGUAAGCCGGCUGUAGCGGACAUGGUGGUAGAGGUAUGUGUGUGUGAGCUGGAGGAGGCUGCCGCGGGAGGAGGGCGUGCACCCCCUCAGCCCGUCACUGUGGACAGUCCGCAUCCGUAUGCUGAUGAUACUGAUAUAUCAGGCGUAGUUAAAAUCCCCGGCGCGAUAUCUCUUCGCGUGGUCUUCGAGCAGGGAUGUUCAACAGAGAGACGUAACGAUCCUCUCACUAUAUCGGAUAGUACCGGUCGGGUACUGGCCACUCGAUCGGGACGAGAACCAACUGAUUGGGCGCAGGAAAUAAUCGUUAACGGUGAUGAGCUGCGUUGGAGGUUUACAAGCGAUGGUUCUGUCAACGGUUGGGGCUGGAGAUUCACCGCUCAUCCUAUGUUGCCCGCACAUUCUGUUACUGAAAGCGGUUCGGAUCGCUACGUCUUGUCAUGUCCGUCAGUGGAGUUGGCGUGGCGAUUACUUGACGGUCCAUUACUGGCAGCGAUAUCCAAUGACCAUCAGUUGGCCCCAAGGUUGGCUCAAGCAUUGGCCAUAUGUGCGCAGAUGCCGACUUUAUCUUGGCGAGCUCGCGUAUGGUGCGUACGUCGGCUCCGCGGCGUGGUAUGCGGGGGCAGUGGUUGCGGGGCGGGCGAGGGCGGGCCGGCCGGCGCCCCCGCGCCCCCCGCCCUGCAGCAACUGCCGCAGCUUCUACACGCGCAGUACGACCACGAGGAACCCGCACUAAGGACUGGCACGCAUUUAUUACACACGCAUUAUCUUAAGGAACUAGCCUGGCUCGCAUGUGGUCUUCGCAUGGAUACUCGUGUGUGCGGAGGUCCGGACUCAGCGCGCUGGUCGUGGUUCAAGCGAUACUGUCUCUGUGUGCGUACUGCGGACGCACUCAUACGACGCUCUCCACUACCCACACCCUUCCUAGCUGACGUACGCAAGAGACUCUCAGACCUCGGCGUCUACUCCGACGAAACCAGCGAACCAAAUUACCAAUGGGAAGAUAACACAAAAUUCACAAAGCAACACGAUGAACAACUCCUGCAUUGGGUUAACAAACGUCCAGAAGACUGGUGCGGUUGGUGGGGUGGUGGUUCCCGAGGCUGCGCAGUGUACGGCUGGGGUCACAACCACCGCGGGCAGUUGGGCGGCGUCGAGGGGGCCAAGGUGCGGACCCCCACGCCCUGCCAUGCACUCGCUGCACUCAACCCCGUGCAGCUAGUGGGCGGGGAGCAAACGUUAUUCGCUGUCACACCUGAUGGAAAGGUCUAUGCUACUGGUUACGGCGCUGGCGGCAGACUGGGCAUCGGAGGCAUAGACUCCGUCUCACAACCCACACUGUUGGCUUCGAUACAACACGUCUUUAUCACGAAGGUCGCAUGUAACUCAGGAGGCAAGCAUUGCUUGGCGCUUUCCGCUGACGGCGACGUUUACAGCUGGGGUGAAGGCGAAGACGGCAAGCUUGGACAUGGGAAUAGAGUGAGCUACGACCGUCCCAAGUUGAUAACAGCUUUAUCUGGUCUCGAAGUAGUGGCUAUUGCUUGUGGGGGAGCCCACUCUGCGUGUUUGACCGCUCGAGGGCGCAUCUACACCUGGGGUAAAGGCAGGUACGGAAGAUUGGGACACGGGGAUUCUGAAGACCAGCUCGUCCCGAAAAUGGUGGAAGCUUUAUCGUCAUACCGCGUGAUAGACGUCGCUUGCGGGUCUGGAGACGCACAAACACUUUGUAUCACUGAUGACGACAAUGUCUGGUCUUGGGGAGAUGGUGACUAUGGAAAACUAGGGCGCGGUGGUUCCGAAGGCUGCAAGCUUCCAAUGAGGAUAGACUGUCUGAAAGGGCUUCGCGUCGUCAAAGUUGAAUGCGGAUCUCAAUUCUCAGUGGCGUUAUGUCAAUGUGGAAGCGUUUAUACAUGGGGCAAAGGAGAUUACCAUCGACUUGGACACGGCAGCUAUGAGCACGUAAGGCGUCCCAUGCGUGUCACAGGCAUGCAGGGGAAGACUAUCGUGUCUAUAGCUACAGGGAGUCUUCACUGCGUGGCAUGUACGGACAACGGUGAAGUUUACACGUGGGGUGACAAUGAUGAAGGACAAUUGGGAGACGGGACCACACUUGCUGCUCAAAGACCCAGACUUUUGAUGGCUUUGCAGGGUAAGCGUGUGACUAAAGUAGCUUGUGGCAGCGCGCAUACAGUAGCGCUGUGCGUGGAAGCCCCCCGAGCCCCGCGCGCCCCGCCCGCUCCGCCCCUCGAGUGCCAUCUACUGAGGGACCUACCGCCACAACUUAUAUGCAACCGACUGGUACUUCUCCAUCAAUUUUCGGAUCUGGUGUGUCCUAACCUUCCGUUAUUGAACCUCGACGGACCUCUGGAUCAAUUGAGGACUCUGCUAUUCUACAGUGUCAAAGAAGCAGCAUUUAGGAAGGCGAUAAUGUCAACAAUGGUACGGGAAAGGCAACACGGUCCCGUAGUGGAACUGUCCCGCGUGGCGGCGCGUCGCGCCCGUCGCGGCGGGGCGGGGCUGGCGGGGCCCGCCGGCAUGCGCUCCGUCUUCGGACAGAUGGUGGCACGCCUGCCCGCACUCACGCAGGAUGCCUUAGCAUUGCCACACCGUGUUUGGAAGGUUAAGUUUGUCGGUGAGAGUGUAGACGACUGUGGCGGAGGAUACAGCGAGAGUAUCGCGGAGAUGUGUGAGGAGCUACAAAACGGGUCACUCCCACUACUGAUGGCCACGCCCAACGGACGCGGUGACGCGGGCGCAUCUAGAGACGCCUUCUUAUUAAACCCUACCGCCAACACUCCGCUACAUCUCAACUGCUUCCGGUUUCUUGGUGUACUAAUGGGCAUAGCAAUUCGUACGGGCUCCCCGCUAUCUCUCUCUCUAGCGGAGGGAGUCUGGCGACAGCUAGCUGGCCAGCCACUGCGGCCGCAAGACCUGGCUGAAGUGGACAAAGAUUUCUUGCCUGCCUUGCUGUGCAUCAGGGAUAUGACGCCUAAUAAUAAGGAACUACAAAACCUAGAGCUUCCAUUUUCGAUCCCGUCGGCGGCGGGACACGAGGUGCCUCUCUCUACGAGACACAAACGUGUCACGCCGGACAAUAAGGACGAAUACGUACAGCUCGCUCUACAUUAUAGACUGCAUGAGUUCGACGAGCAAGUCCGUGCAGUCCGCGACGGUAUGUCCCGCGUGAUACCGGCGCCAUUGCUGGGGCUGUUCACCGCUGCUGAGCUGGAGACCCUCGUCUGCGGAUCCCCCGACAUACCUGUGCAUGCGCUCAGAGCCUCUGCUACUUACAAAGGUAUCGAGCCCAACGCACCACUAGUGCAGUGGUUCUGGGAGGUGAUGGAAGAGCUGUCUGGCAGCGAACGAGCACUGUUCCUACGUUUUGUGUGGGGACGGACUCGUUUGCCUAGAGCGCCACAAGACCCUAGGCAAAGGGACUUUGUACUACAGGUGUUAGACAAAUACCAACCGCCAGACCACUUCUUACCCGAGAGCUACACAUGUUUCUUCCUUCUCAAGAUGCCAAGGUAUUCGUGCAAAUCUGUUCUACGGGAAAAACUAAGAUACGCGAUUCACUUCUGUAAGAGUAUAGAUACAGACGAGUACGCGCGUGUAGCUUUAAGUGCAGCUGAACGAGUCUCCUCAGAAGAAUCUGACUCUGAAGCAGAUGCACCGACGCCAGUAGUGAACCCCCCACCUUUGUAUUCACUAAGUAGAGCGCCCACGUGGCUCUGAGACCGCGCCGAUGGUCCUUGGACCAUACACGCGGACCUCGCGCUACUCGCCGCCCGACAAGCUUAGUCAAUCCAACAAUUGAUGUCAUCGGGCUGAUGAGAUAACGAUCUAAAUAAUAAAAAUAAAAGACAUUAACCAGGCGUCAGGCAGUGAAUCAUUGACUAUUUUCGAAAUAUAUUAAAAUAAUACGAAAAUGUAACCAGUGAAUAUUUAAGGUGUUCUAAACAAGUUAUUUUUAUAUAACUUUACGCUUAGUGACAUUGAAAUAUGUAGCGGUUAUUGACAUAGGAAUAGACAACUUUUCCCAAAAAGAAGAUAUAUGCUUGUUACGGCAUGUAUUUUCUUUUUGAAGCGUCCGCAAGUUGUAUUUAUACGGGACGAGUCAUUUCGAAUCUUCACAAAGCUUGUGCGCAUGAGCAUCCGAAGCUAAUGUCUUCAUAUUUAGUAUUAUUAAGGUCACUGACACCACGCACUUGCAAGCGUUCAUCCUAGUCGUAACUUCUAUAUCAAAAAGCAAACGCUUCGUUAGUAUUUCACAAAAAUGAACACGUCAUGUCAGGCUGUUGUGUAUUAGCAAUAUCCUCACUUCGAAUACUCUUAGAAAUUACUCGUUGUAAAUCAUGAUAUUUUAACGCUAGAAUAUUAUACUCGAAUGUUCGGACUUCCUUAUAUUGUAAACGCAAUAUAAGUCAACGUUACAAUUACCGAAUCGGAUUUUUCAAUUCCAGCAUUCCAUCCAUAGCUUAGGUACCGAGCGACUUUCGUACCUAUGCGAGAAUAUGUUUAAGAAUUAUAAUUGUAUACAACGAUCGGCAACACUGCCACAUUCCAUUUUAACUUAUAUUGUAACGCUUCGUAAUCUCGUACUACCAUCGAAGAAUCGUGACCAA